AGGAACUUCGACAGAAGUCCAUGAAGAAAGGAUCUGAUAUUCACUUCUCCCCAAGACUGGAGUCAUACUCUAUUCCAAAGAAGAGAGCUGCCGCCUCGGACUGGGAGACAAGUUCACCAAAAAGAGAGAAGAAAGAAAAUGCCAAAUCAGCAACAAGCCAAUCCAUGGAAUCCGACAAGAUGAGUAAAAUGGACAACAGGACGAAGAUGUCAGAAAUCACAAGGUCAAGCAAGGGACAGACAGACAACAGUGCUAAGGGGGCUUCCAAGAAGAUGAACAACUCCAAAUUUAAAUCGGCAAGCAGUAGGCAGUCUGGCAACGAAGAAGUACAAGAAGAAAGGAUCAUGAAGAAGCUCAACGGCCCUCUGACAUCAAGCAGACAGACAGACAACAGUGAUUCUGCGUUCUCCAACAAGAUGAACAACUCCAAGCCAAAACCAUCUAGCAGUAGGCAGUCUGGCAUCGAAGAAGUUCGAGAAGAAAGGAUUGUGAAAGAGCUCAACGACCCUUUGACGCUGGCAGUUGGCUAUUUCCUCUCACAGAGCAUUGCCUUCUUCGAGAAGAGGAAUUUGGUUCUUCAGAGUAGAACUCCUCUGAUCUCAGCACUGAAGAGAGAACUCGAUGGCUUGCUGAAGAGCUUGUUGGUCCAGUUUGUGAAGCCAAGUGUUGUCAUGGCUGCAACUGACCUGACCAAUAUUGACUUUCGUAGCGUGAAAAACCAGAAGGAUGAUGAUGAACUUGUGACAGGCAUGCAGGCCCAGGAAGUAGUUGACUCCUUGACUGAAGGACAGAAGAAAACCUUCUACUUGUCGGUCAGAAAGUAUUAUGAGGAUUCAUGCAGCUAUAUCAUAGCCAAGUUCCCUCUGCGCUCAGAGGUCCUUCUACAUGCGCAGGUAGCUGAUGUGAAGAUGAGGGAAGUUGUGAAGUUCUCUUCACUAAAGUUCUUUACGGACAAGUUUCCUUGCAUGAUCCUGACCAAAGAUGGAGAAGACAGAAGUCAAGCUGUGGACGCUGUGCAGGAUCAGUUUGUCACAUACCAGGUCACUGAACUAGCUUCAGAAAUCCUGGAGGAAUCUGCUCCUGACAAGCAGUGGGCCAUGUUGGCCAAGUGCAAGGAUUUGGUGAAUCAGCUCCUGUUUGACAGGCUUGCUAGAGCAAUGCUCGGCAUUCUGACCAUUCCUCACAGUAAUGCAGAGUGUGAGAGACUCUUUAGCCAAGUUAGAAAGAACAGAACCGACUUCCGUGGAUCCAUGAGCGAUGAUCUUCUGGACUCACUACUGGUCACCAAGUCGAGGCAACAUGGACCCUGUUAUUCUCAAGACUUCUCGGAUGCCUUCUUGAAGAAGGCAAAGUCGGCAACCUACAAGGCUCUGACCAGUUCAGCUACAAGUGAUUGACACACUCCAUGCAUUUUGUGUUCAGUAUUCUGUUCUGUUUGAUUUGUAGUCAUGUGAAGAAGCAAGUUGAAAUUGACACUUUUUUUAGCUGUUUCACUUUGUGCCAAGCAUGUUUUGAAACAUUUUUAUGUUUGGUGUUGAUUACAAGAGGUUCCUUUUAUGUUUGAUCUGUGCCAAAUUGCUUUGAUGUAUGUAUUCUAGU